GCCUGUCUCCUUACCGGAUGACGCCGACGAUCUCAGAUCUCCAUUUUCAGGCAUCGCGCCAGUUCUCUUGAACGAGAAAUUUGUCGUUCACUCAUAUGAUGGCGGCUCGCAGCAAAGCCGCAGUCAAUAUGAUGUCAAGCAUGUGUUGAUACCGACCUUGGAGCCCUUCCACUGCUCAGACAGGGGUUGCAAGUUCAACCUCGUUCUGAAAUGUUCAGAGGACUUCACCCUGACCCACUUCUACAUCAGUGGACCUGGGCCCAGAUGCACGGAACCAAUCAGGAGCGGGCUGGUCUGGGUCUGCAGUGACUUGCCGAAGGAUUUGGAAAUCACAGACGUAUACGACGAUUUGAGACCAGAUGAGCUGGAAAGCCACCAACCGAUGGAUGAGGACCGAGGUGGCAGUUGUACAAAUGAGUCGUCAUCGACUUGGGACCCCCAUCCGCCCAUCCUUCGCUUCCAGACGGACGUGGAGUCCCGCGAGGCGGAAGUGGAACUGCAGAGGUGGCAAGAAGGCCGUUAUGUGAUCGUUCGCUUCCUGGACACUCACUUCGCCGAGGAGCAGGUCAAUGUGGAUGUGGGCAUGAUCGGCCUCGUCGGCCACUUCGGGCGCUGUGGUCGGCACCAGGUGCCAGUCGGGCCCUGGAUGCGACGGCGGGUGCAGCAGGCCUGGGUCCAUGCCCGCCCGUUGCAGCGGACGUUCUCCUCUGGCGGCUGGGUUUGUGACGGCCGGGACUUCACGGGCGGAUGCCGUGCCAGUCUGACGGAUUUUCACCAGACGACCAUGUACAACUCGCGCUUUCACUGCUCCGUCACAGGCUUCGACCUUUGCGAGGCAUGUGCCCACGACACUUCCCUGGGCAAGGUAACAGAUGCCUCGGUCCAGGCAGACAUUGAGGCUUUGCAAAGCGCUUCUACCUGCAAGCUGGUUGGAACUCGCCUUCGGAAUCUUUGGAAGCGGAACUGGCUGCAUGCCAUUCCGAGGUAUUUUCGACAUGGACUGCUGCAACGCGUGAUGGCUUCUCUGCAGAGCUGCCUCGAUCACCUCACGCAGUCCGGAAGAGCCCGGGCCAUCCUCGAAGAGGAGGCCAGUGGGCGAGGCCGCGGGAGGCUAGCAAGCACGGGCACGGUGUUACAUCCAGAUCCGCAGCAGAGCGCAGCACUUCGUGCCUUGCUGCAGCUCGUUUCCGACCUUGUGCACAGCAUCCUAGUCGGCGUGCGGCCUGGGUGCGACAUCCAGGUCAAUGAUCUGGCUUGGGCACCAGUCGUCUCUGACGUUCAUGGUCCGCCAUGCCGCUGGGAAAGGUGCCGAGUGAUCAGCCUGCCCCCGAACUUCCCGGCUGUAAACCCCUCUUCGACCUGUCCAAACCUGGAGGAGGACGACGACAUGGAUGCUUCCGCGGUGGCCAGUGCUUCCUUCCUGGUCUCGUCCAGGGACUGGAAAGGGAAGCGACAGGUUCAGGCAGAGAAUCUUUGGAAAGUCACCAAGCAGCUCAACGAUGAAGAUGCCGGCUGGCAGCAGACGACUGCUUGUCCGAGUGAGUGGUGUGGAGUCCUCGUCUUGCUCACUUGGCCUGUGACCGAGGUGGUCAUCACUACUGCAGGACUUCUGACCGAAGUUCGCCGUGGAGCGCACUGUGACGUAAACGAGGCAGCAGCCUCGAACAUGUGCUUGUGCGUCGUCUCGUAUGUCACUCCGCAGACCUUUCAGCCGCAAAUGCGCUAUUCUCUGUGCGACAGCGGCUGCUUUGGCGAUCCGGGCAUCACUUCGCAGCCCCACACAGGCCCUCAUCUCCCUGCAGAGGAUCCCGGCAGGACCACCCCCGGCUUUCGCCGGGCCUGGCACCAGCAGUUCCGGCUCGGCCGCCUGCCGUGCGAUGCGAGGUUGUACGAGGCGCCCCAGCUCUUCCUUGCCGGGGUCGCCGCUGUCACAGCCAGUGCAACCGUUGGGGCCGGCUCCCUCUUCGCCGGUUCUAGGUGGGACAACCGCCGAGAGGUGAGCUGCGAAAGGAGGCAGCAGGAUGUCCAGCGUGACGUCCCCAUUCCGCCGGAGAGCGAGGUGGGCCUUGCGACUAGUGCUCCGGUGGACCUGUACGAGCUUUUCGGGACAACAAACAGGGCUGAUGAGAAGGAGAUCAAGAAGAAGUACUAUGACUUGCAGAAGUUGUGCCACCCGGACGUCGCCGGACCCGAGGGGGAGGAGAUGUGCAUACUGCUCAACGAUGCCUGGGAUUUGCUCUCAGACGAGGACAAGCGCAAGGACUAUGUCUUGGAGUAUGCCAGCAGCCCGGACAUGCUUGCCACGCCCAGCUUGACCGUGACUGCCGAGCAGAUGGUAGAGGACAAGGGAGCGCUUCCUUGCCCACUGAGCGCUCGGCAGGGCAUGGCGAAGGAACCGCUCUGGGACCCCUUCUCGGCGGCGAACAGCUUCACUGCCAAGUUAGCAGACGAAGAGAGGCGCCGGCAGAUGCUCUCGGAAAGCGCGGGCGAGUCCCUUGAUGCAUGGACCCAGAGAUUCAAGCGCAAGUCCUGUGGGAAUCGGAGCUUCCGAGAUGCGGCUAUGAUCAAAUUGAUGCAGGAUGAAGGAGGCGACGUGGCUCAUGAGGGCCUAGACGAGAUACGGGUCUGUCUCAAACUCGAGCCCAUUAUGAAGGAAGGCUCCCUGCUAGAUGUUAGUGAAAUCAUGUCGCCUACGCUGUACUGUCUUCACAUUGCUGCUGGAAGCGCGCGCUUGCACGGAUCCCAGUUCUCGUGGCAGAUGAGCGUUGUUGAAUGGGUGGUGUUUGCGGGAGGCCCUGACCAGUCUGAUCGCAGUGGCCAGACUGCGCUUCAGCUUCUGCAAAAGACGAUCACUUUGGGAAGCUCGAUGGACGAGGCAUCGAGUCAUGCCAUCGCCGAGCAGCACCUGUUUCAUCGCUCGUUGCAGGUCUCCAAUGCGGAGCAGUGCACGCAGCUUCUGCGACGCCAUGGUGCUGAGCCAUGCGCCUGGGCCUUGGAGAGCUGCGUCAAGGCCCUGCUUGGCGCAGAGACCAUGGGGAUCAUGACGAGAGGGCCUUACGAGGAAGUCCGCGAUCUCUUACGGGAGCUUCCCAUUUACCGGCAGCUCACCGAGGACUUGGCGACGGAGGUUUUGGGCCCCCUCCUGGCCUUGCGCGGGACCUCCAGCGCCUUGCAAGGUUUCCGGCCGCCUCCACUUGAGGCCUUGGAGGUCCGCUAG